AUGAUGGUGCGGUAUGUUAUUACUGUAUCAGUAUAUUUCAGGAAACUCACUACAGUACGUAGAAACCAGAGGUGGCGAGGACUUGCGAAGGCCGUUGGCACCUUGGCUCGCUUUUAUCAUCCCACAUGCUUCGGCGCCUUGCCGCCCGCGCGACACCAGCGGCCUCCUAAAAUGACGCCCUUAGAUCCAUUAAUAAGAAGCGAACAAAAUGCGGCGCAGCUGGCCCCAAUAAAACCCCACGAAAGUAUACUCGGCCUAAUGUUUAUGAAGAGCAAAAGGAGA